AAACCCGGAUUUAGACCAGCUGAACGUCCUACACAAAAGAGGCCAGAGGAUAAUUUGCGCCAGAAGGUGAUUUUGAAAGACCAGAGAAGCCCGAGAUUUAGACCAGCAGAGAGACCAAAACCCAAGAGACCAGAAGAUAAUUUACGUCCAGAAGGUGAUUUCGAACGACCAGAGAAGCCCGGAUUCAGACCAGCCGAGAGACCAAAAGCCAAGAGACCAGAAGAUAAUUUACGUCCGGAAGGUGAUUUCGAAAGACCAGAGAAACCCGGAUUUAGACCUGCGGAACGUCCUACGCAAAAGAGGCCAGAGGACAAUUUACGCCCGGAAGGUGACUUUGAUCGUCCAGAUAAACCAGGUUAUAGGCCAGGUGAAAGACCGAAGCAAAUCAGACCAGAGGAUAAUUUACGCCCAGAAGGUGAUUUUGAAAGACCCACUCCGACCAAAGUUCAUCCUGGUGAACGAAGGACACCAAUCAAACAUAAUGACAAUCUCAAACCGGAAGGCGACUUUGAUCGUCCAGAUAAACCUGGAUAUAGACCAGGUGAAAGACCGAAGCAAAUCAGACCAGAGGAUAAUCUGCGACCAGAAGGUGACUUUGAAAGACCAGAAAAACCUGGAUUCCGACCAGCAGAAAGGCCGAAACAAAAACGCCCUGAAGACAACUUACGCCCAGAAGGUGAUUUUGAAAGACCUUCUCCAACUAAAAUUGGCCCUGGAGAACGCAGAUCACCCAUUAAGCACAGUGAUAAUCUCAAACCUGAAGGAGUGUUCGAUCGUCCAGAUAAACCUGGUUAUAGACCAGGUGAAAGACCGCAGCAAAUCAGACCUCAGGAUAAUUUGCGUCCAGAAGGUGACUUUGAAAGACCAGAGAAACCUGGAUUCAAACCAGCAGAAAGGCCUAAACAGAAACGCCCCGAAGACAACUUACGUCCAGAAGGUGAUUUCGAAAGACCUUCAACAACUAAAAUUGGACCUGGAGAACGCAGAUCACCCAUUAAACACAGUGAUAAUCUCAAACCUGAAGGAGAGUUCGAUCGCCCAGAUAAACCUGGUUAUAGACCAGGUGAAAGACCGCAGCAAAUCAGACCACAGGAUAAUUUGCGUCCAGAAGGUGACUUUGAAAGACCAGAGAAACCUGGAUUCAGACCAGCAGAAAGGCCUAAACAAAAACGCCCAGAAGACAAUUUACGUCCAGAAGGAGAUUUCGAAAGACCUUCACCAACUAAAAUUGGUCCUGGAGAACGCAGAUCUCCCAUUAAACAUAGCGAUAAUCUCAGACCUGAAGGUGAUUUUGAUCGUCCAGAUAAACCUGGUUAUAGGCCAGCUGAAAGGCCGAAGCAAAUAAGACCAGAGGAUAAUUUGCGUCCAGAAGGUGACUUUGAAAGACCAGAAAAACCUGGAUUCAGACCAGCGGAAAGGCCUAAACAGAAACGCCCCGAAGACAAUUUACGUCCAGAAGGUGAUUUCGAACGUCCAGAAAAAACAGAAUUUAGACCUUCUGAAAGACCUAAAGCAAAGAGACCUGAAGACAACUUACGUCCGGAAGGUGACUUUGAAAGACCAUCACCUACGAAAAUUGGCCCUGGAGAACGCAGAUCGCCCAUUAAACAUAGUGACAAUCUUAGACCUGAAGGAGAUUUCGAUCGUCCAGAUAAACCCAGUUAUAGACCUGGUGAAAGACCGCAGCAAAUCAGACCAGAGGAUAAUUUGCGUCCAGAAGGUGAUUUUGAAAGACCAGAAAAACCUGGAUUCAGACCAGCGGAAAGGCCUAAACAGAAACGUCCCGAAGACAAUUUACGUCCAGAAGGUGAUUUCGAACGUCCAGAAAAAACAGAAUUUAGACCUUCUGAAAGACCGAAAGCAAAGAGACCUGAAGACAACUUACGUCCGGAAGGUGACUUUGAAAGACCAUCACCUACGAAAAUUGGCCCUGGAGAACGCAGAUCGCCCAUUAAACAUAGUGACAAUCUUAGACCUGAAGGAGACUUUGAUCGUCCAGAUAAACCCAGUUAUAGACCUGGUGAAAGACCGCAGCAAAUCAUACCAGAGGAUAAUUUGCGUCCAGAAGGUGACUUCGAAAGACCAGAGAAACCUGGAUUCAGACCAGCAGAGAGACCCAAACCGAAACGUCCUGAAGACAACUUACGUCCAGAAGGUGAUUUCGAAAGACCAUCACCUACAAAAAUUGGCCCUGGAGAACGCAGAUCACCCAUUAAACAUAGUGACAAUCUCAAACCUGAAGGUGAUUUUGAUCGUCCAGAUAAACCUGGUUAUAGGCCAGCUGAGAGACCGAAGCAAAUAAGACCAGAAGAUAAUUUGCGUCCAGAAGGCGACUUUGAAAGACCUGAGAAACCUGGAUUCAGACCAGCUGAAAGGCCUAAACAGAAACGCCCCGAAGAUAACUUGCGUCCAGAAGGUGACUUCGAAAGACCAUCACCUACGAAAAUUGGCCCUGGAGAACGCAGAUCACCCAUUAAACAUAGUGACAAUCUCAAACCUGAAGGAGAGUUCGAUCGUCCAGAUAAACCUGGUUAUAGACCAGGUGAAAGACCAAAGCAGAUAAGACCAGAGGAUAAUUUACAUCCAGAAGGUGACUUUGAAAGACCUACUCCAACGAAAGUUCGUCCUGGUGAACGGAGGUCACCAAUCAAACAUGAUGAUAAUCUUAAACCUGAAGGCGAUUUUGAUCGUCCAGAUAUACCUGGAUAUAGACCUGGUGAAAGACCGCAGCAAAUCAGACCACAGGACAAUUUGCGUCCGGAAGGUGACUUCGAUAGACCAGAGAAACCUGGAUUCAGACCAGCUGAAAGACCUAAACAGAAACGCCCUGAAGACAACUUACGCCCAGAAGGCGAUUUUGAAAGACCAUCACCAACUAAAAUUGGCCCUGGAGAACGCAGAUCUCCAAUUAAACAUAGUGACAAUCUCAAACCUGAAGGUGACUUCGAUCGUCCAGAUAAACCUGGUUAUAGACCAGGUGAGAGACCGCAGCAAAUCAGACCUGAGGAUAAUUUGCGCCCAGAAGGAAAUUUCGAAAGACCUGAGAAACCAGGAUACAGACCGGCAGAAAGACCUAAACAGAAACGUCCUGAAGACAAUUUACGUCCAGAAGGUGACUUUGAAAGACCAUCACCAACUAAAAUCAGUCCUGGAGAACGCCGAUCUCCUAUUAAACACAGCGACAAUCUCAGACCUGAAGGUGACUUUGACCGCCCAGAUAAACCUGGUUACAGACCAGGUGAUAGGCCAAAGCAAAUUAGACCAGAGGAUAAUUUACGUCCAGAAGGUGAUUUCGAAAGACCAUCUCCAACUAAAAUUGGUCCGGGUGAACGAAGAAGUCCUAUUAAACAUGAAGAUAAUCUCAAACCCGAAGGUGAUUUUGAACGUCCAGAUAAGCCAGGUUAUAGACCUGCUGAAAGGCCCAAGCAAAUUAGACCCGAAGAUAAUUUACAUCCAGAAGGUGAAUUUGAAAGACCAUCUCAAACAAAGGUUAGUCCAGGGGAACGAAGAAGGCCAAUCAAACAUGAAGAUAAUUUGAAACCGGAAGGUGAUUUUAUUAUCAGAAGAAAAGAUGAUUAUAAAGUUGUUAAAGGUGAAAGAAUGGAUAUUAUUAAACGUGAGGAUAAUUUGAAAAUUGAAGGAGAAUUUACGGAUGUUCGUACUAGAGAUGACUACAGAGUGGUAAGAGGCGAAAGAGCAGAUAUUAUCAUACGAGAAGAUAAUUUGAAAACCAUUGGAGAAUUUACGGAUGUUCGUACAAGGGACGACUUUAAGGUUGUUAAGGGUGAAAGAGCAGACAUUAUAAUCAGGGAGGAUAAUCUGAAAAUGGAAGGUGAAUUCACUGAUCUUAAGAAAAGAGAUGAAUAUCGUGUUGUUAAAGGAGAACGGGCCCAAGUUAUUAUUAGGAAAGAUAAUUUACGAAUGGAAGGAGAAUUCAACGAAUUUAGAAAGCGUGAUGAUUAUACUACUAAAAUUACCAUUGAUGAAAGGAGAACACCAAUUAAACAAGUUGAUAACUUAUUCCCUGAAGGUGAAUUCGAGAGGCCAGAAAAAACGCCAUAUAGACCAGGCGAACGUCCAAGUGCCAAUAAACCAAGAGAUAAUCUGUUUCCAGAAGGAGAAUUUGAAAAAACUCCGAUACAUAAAUAUGGACCUGGUGAACGUGCGGAUAUUGUAAAACAUCCUGACAAUUUGAAACCCGAAGGUGAUUUUAUGGGUACGCCGAAAAAUAAAUCAUCUUAUAUUCCUGGAGAGAGAAGAACACCAAUUCGUCAUGGAGAUAACUUGUUCCCUGAAGGUGAAUUCGAGAGGCCAGAUAAAUCUCCGUAUCGUGCAGGUGAACGCCCGACACCUAAAAAACCUAAAGAUAAUUUACACCCUGAAGGAGAUUUUGAAAAAUCACCUAAACCUAAAUAUGGACCUGGUGAUCGUGCUGAAAUUGUCAAGCAUCCCGAUAAUUUGAAACCGGAAGGAGACUUUAUGGGUUCGCCAAAAAAUAAAGAUGAUUUCAAACCUUCUCGCGGAGAAAGAGCGCCUAUAAGGAAACCACAAGAUAAUUUGAAGAUUACCGGAGAGUUUACCGAUAGAACGAUGGCAAAGUCUGAUUACACAAUUGUGAAAGGGGAAAGAGCUACGUUUAAGAAACAUGAAGACAGCCUUAAGGUUGGAAAUGGAACAAUGGAAUGUAUUACAACAACAAAACAAACGUUUGAGAAGAGUCCGGAAAAGAGUCCUCAAUCAAGUCCCCAGACAGCUAUGAUGAAUAAGCGCAGACACAUGCAAUCAAGUAUCGCUCUUGGUGAUGACACAACAGUUAUGAAAACGACAAACCAAACGAAUUACAACACUUAUACCAGAAGAAAGGAUGUUGUCGAUAAUACUAUUAUCAACAAAAAUAUUGUCACAAAUAAUACAGUUGUUAAGAAUGUCAGCAAUACUGCUGUAGAUAAUAUGGACACCCAAAAGACUACAAAUGUCAUUAAUGACACAAAAACCUUGCCCGAUGGAAUCAUUGUUAAAACAACUAGGACAAUUACAACAACGAGAGGAGGUAAAAAGGUUACUGAAGGUGGGGCCAUCAAUAAAUCCUCAUCUCAAACCAAUAUCGUUAACAGACACGAAGAAAACGUCACUAACAGAAAUGUUAAUGUUAUCAAUAAGAACGUUCACAACAGUCAAGAAAAUAUUAUCAACAGAACCAACGUCAACCAUGUGACAAAUAGAAAUGUUGUUAAUAGAACAGAAAAUGUGGUUAACAGAACAGAAAAUGUUGUUAAUAGAACAGAAAACGUAGACAACAGAAAUGUUCACCAUCAAACGAAUGUGACUAAUAACAUCGUGCAUUCGAGCAGUCAAACAAAUAUCAACAAGACGGAAGGCCAUCAUCGCAAGAGCGUUAUAUCCUCUUCGGCUGAUGUGAAUAAUCAAAUUCUUUACAGAAAAGGUCAUCAAUCAUCAUCUGAAGCUUUACAUGCGACCAGUUCAACUGCUUUAGAUAUGAGAAAAUCAAUUUCCAAUUUACAUGAUCAGGGACACGUCUCGACGCAUACUGACAGGAAGAGCUUGAGCUCUAUGCACAGGGAUAAGGGUCACCAACAUUGGGCCUCUCAUUCUUAUCAGACAAUCGAUAGACCGCAAAAGAUUGUUCGUAAAGAUAAUCUCACUGUCGGCGGAAACUUUUAUGGUCAAUCGGAAGCAAAAUCCUAUGGCAACUUCAGUAAACAACAGAACGUCCAAAAGGUUGAAAGAGUAUCCAGGAGAUCUAAUACUUCGCAUAUCACCCUGGGCGACAGCAAUGUAUCUGUCGUGACAUCCUACAAGAAGGAGUAUGCGCCAAGGAACAUCGGCCCAUGCCCUGCAACAUUAAUCGAUUCACCUAAAGGGCCGUUCAAGCAUACCAGGGAUUCGAAAACUCACAAAUUCUAUAUGCCUGUUGUUAGUAAUUAAGGUGCCUUCAUCAUUAGCUUAGGCUAUUAUUGUGAUAUUAUUAUCGAUUGUCUUAUUAUUUCGAUUAUUUACUACAAAUUCAAAUUCAUUUUGUGUAAUUAUUAGCAAACGCUUACGGUUACAGUGGUGCACGCAGCAUCCAAGAG